AUGAAAUCUUUUACAUACAUUUCAUUUUUAAUUUGUAUAUUAUUCAUUUUUAUAAAUAUUGGACAUGGUCAAAUUUGGGAAGGUCCAAAUCAAGAGUUGGGUACAUAUUUUAGUUAUGAUAAAAUGCAAGAUCUUAAUUAUGAUGUAACAAAUUGGACUGUAAAAACAACAGAUCACGAUAGAACAUAUAAUAGAUAUGAUUAUUCAUUUUUAAGACUUCACCUUCGUAAUACAAAAUUUUUUUUUCAUGGUUAUAUAGAUGUUCAUCCAAGAGUCGAUGAGUUUACAACAGUUAAAUUCUUAAAAACUGGUUUUAUUUAUGAUAAGAUUAAUCCAGAUUAUAAUGGUACAGUUAUGGAUAGAGAUAAUAUGUAUACUCUUUCAGGUGAACUUAUUGGUCUUAAAAAUGUAACAACCUAUACACAUCAAUGGGUAAAUGUUAGUAGACCAUGUUGGGUAAAUGGUACAAGAGCAAUCAAUUCACAAUGUAAUGGUACAACAAUCGAUAUGAAGCCAAUGAGAAAUUGGUAUGUUAAAGAAUUACAACGUUUUAAAACUGUAAAACAAGAACCAAUUCAAUUACCAGAAAAGAAACUUACUGACAAAAACUCUGAAACUUUUGUAUCAACUUUUGUAAUCGUUAUACAAUUGGAUGAUGGUAAAAUUGUUGAUGCCACGUGGGAUGGUGAUAGGUUGCCCGAAGUCUGUAAAAAAUGUGAUGCUUGUAUUGAUAAUCAGUGUGGUGUUUAUUGGGAAGAUAUGCCAUGUGACCAAUAUAAUGGUUGUAUUUUAAAAAUUAUUGUUGCAUGGGCUGGUAGAGAUGCUUCUGGUACUAAUUGUCGUUCAAUUAAUAGAAUUCCAUCAAAUUUCCAAAGAUACUCAGCAACUCCAUACAAAAACAUUGGUCGUAACUUUUUCGACGAUUUUAUGUACCGUGCUACCUAUGGCAAAGAUCCAAAUAUUGCUUAA